AACCAGUUGAAAACUACCAGAACUAAAUGAUUUAAAGACAAAACAAAGUUAUCGACAUCAUGUCUGAAAGACCAAUUUGCAUUGCUGAUUUUGAAGAAUAUGCUAAGAAAUUUCUUCAAAGGUCUGUGUACGAUUACUAUAAAUCUGGGGCUGAUGAUCAACAAACAUUAGCUGAAAAUGUAGCUGCAUUUUCAAGAUUAAGACUAUACCCCCGGAUGUAAAAUGUGUCAACCCUGGACCUGACAACUUUGUCUUGGGAGAGAAAAAUCAGUAUGCCAAUAUGCAUUGGCGCCACUGCCAUGCAAUGCAUGGCUCAUGCAGAUGGGGAAAUUGCAUCUGCUAGAGCCUGUAGGUCAGCAGGAACAGGAAUGAUGCUGAGUUCAUGGUCCACAACAUCCAUAGAAGAAGUUGCUCAGGCAGCUCCAAAGACAAUUCUCUGGUUGCAGCUCUAUAUUUAUAAGGACCGUGAUGUCACCAGAUCUUUAGUGCAUCGGGCCGAAAAAGCUGGCUACAAAGGCAUUUUUGUGACUGUAGACACCCCAUAUCUUGGAAAGCGCUUAGAUGAUGUACGCAACAAGUUUCGUCUGUCUCCACAUCUCAGAAUGAAAAAUUUUGAAACCAAUGAUCUGGCAUUUUCAUCUGAGAAAGGUUAUGGUGAAAACAGUGGCCUGUCUGUUUAUGUCACAGAGGCAAUAGAUCCAUCAAUCAACUGGGAUGAUUUGAAAUGGCUCAGAGGACUGACUGCAUUGCCCAUUGUUGCUAAAGGAAUCCUCCGAGCUGACGAUGCUAGAGAAGCAGUAAAGGUUGGCGUCAAUGGGAUUCUGGUAUCAAAUCAUGGCGCACGUCAACUGGAUGGUGUACCAGCUACUAUUGAGGUCCUGCCUGAAAUAAUAGAUGCGGUGGAAGGGAAGACUGAAGUAUUUCUAGAUGGUGGAAUAAGAAAAGGCACAGAUGUUCUCAAGGCCCUGGCUCUUGGGGCCAAAGCGGUCUUUGUAGGAAGGCCUGUAAUCUGGGGUCUUGCCUACCAGGGUGAAGAUGGUGUGAAGGAAGUUCUUCAGAUACUGAAAGAAGAAUUCAAAUUAGCAAUGGCGCUCUCUGGUUGUCCAAGUGUAGAAGCAAUAGACAGAACAUUGGUCCGGAGAGUUCAGUGGGAAGCUUCCAAAAUGUAGCUGCAUCUGUUGUUGGAACCCCAACUUGUCGCAUGUGUCUUGUUACUUAUCAAGAAUUUGGAAUUAAAAAUAAAUGAAAGCAGGACAAGUUUUACUUGGAACUACCAAAGCUGUUUCUUCUGAAAAUAUAUCAGCUAUGUCAAUCUCUUUUUAAUUACUGGUGUAGUCUAUAUUGGUAGGUAUCAUAAGAAUGACUUUAGACAUUUACAGUAUAUCCCCUUAAAAUCAGUGCUGAAUGGAUUUCAUUACUUUUGAAGAAUGUCGCGCAGCCUCCAGUGGUUUUAAGUAGAAUUUUAUAACUUUAAUUAAUGAUGAAAGUUGUAGGUUUUCUGAUGGACUGAGAAUGACAAAACUGCAGUUAAAAAUAUUGCAACUAUUAGUAAAGAUGCUUUGAAGUUGUUUGGCUCACAUGAUUAGGAGCAAUUGAUCUCUAAAUUAACAGUAAGCAGCUGUUUAUAUAGCACAUAAUAUUAAAAUAAUAUUUAUAGUCUGAAAUUCACAGAAUGUUUCUUAGGGAUUCAAAUACUGAAUCAAACCCAAACUGUAGUUGCUAAACUUAGUGCCCUAGCAUUAUCUUUCCCCUCGUCAACUACAAUGCAGGAAAGCAAAACAACUUUUUAGCCACAGGACUGCUUAGGUUAUGGAGAAAGAGAGCCAUACCAAUGCCUUUUUAUGUGUGCACACACAAUUGCAAGGGGAAAUGUUUGGGGAGACCUAGGAGUGGGUUCCAGAGAGACAGUUACUGCUGGUUCACUCAGGGGCGCGGUGCGCAUGUGCGCAUGCGCAGUAUGACUAAAAUAGCUCUGUGCAUUC